GGUUUCUCGCUCACCUUGUAUCCUCCUUUUGUUUUCUUACCCUCCUACCAGCAGAGAGAGGGAGGGAUAACAGGGUGCAGAAGGGAGGGGGGAGUUUAGGUACCCACCUCUGUACACCUCUGUAAUAACCCUGCCUGUUGGGGGCGGCCUUGCUGCCAAUAUUUUCAUUACUAAUACUUCAUUAUAGAUAGUUAAUUCGUGAUUUUUGGAUUUAGUAAUUCGUACUCCUCGGUAUUAUUUUCUAUGUUUUUUUUCUCUCUCUGACUAUAGGAUUCUACAAUUCAGAAAAUAUAGAUGUAUUUAUUUUCAGGGUGGUUGUAAAGGAAACGGGACAUUCUAGUCGUUUCCAGUUUCCACCUCAAGCUGGUGUCACCCUCAUGCUGGCUGUUUAUUAAUCAGACAUUGAUCGUUGUAUGGAGGAUGGGGAGGAGGAGGAGGGUGUCUGUGGCAGCCGGGCACAGACUAGGAAGCAGGAUGGUGAGGGUGCUAGUGACUCGCAAGGCCGGGUUGCUGCUGCUGCCAACGCUGGCUACUUCAGGGUUUCCCGAAGCCGGCCCGCGGUAUGGGUGCAGGAUCUUAGCCCGGAGCUGAGGCACGGAUAUCGCAUCCUCAGUUACUUUCUGCAGGACAAGCACAGGGGCCUGUGCCAACCUUUCCUGCAGUCUAAGACUGGUGAUAACAGCAAAGCGACGAAGGCCGGGGAGUACCGGGGGAGGGAAAUGGUGGUGGCAGGCUUUGAGAGGGUGCCAGGCCCCGAGUGCAGUGUGACAGCUUGUGGGCAAGAUAAAACCUUACAGAAAGGCAGCGGUGGGCAACAGAUGGAAGGUGCAGAUGACAGGGGCACAGAUAAUAUAGGCCCAGUGCUUAGGAAUGAUAAGAUGGCAGGCGGACAGGUGCCAGGAGUACAUGCUGAGGUGGCCAUUGGAGUAUUAGGGCUGGAUGUUGCUGAGGUACCAGUUUCGUUUGGUGAAGAUAGUAAAGGGAGAGAAAUAUCUGACCCAGUACUUCUAAAUGAUAAGAUGACAGAUGAUCAGGUGCUAGUAAGUGCUGUAUCGCCAAACUUGAAGGCUGCAGUUUAUAAGGAGGCAGAUAAUUUACAUCCAGUGCUGGAAGUUAAAGACGAUAAUAAUUUAAAAAGUACUAUGGAAGUUUCAGAGUUAGGUAGAAAAGCUACCAUUCAAAUGCCAGGCUUACAGGUUGCAGAUGUAAAAGUGACAGAUGAGGAGUUACAGCUUAAAGCUGCUGUGGAGCCAGCCAGCAACAAGGAAACAAGUGUGAGUGAGGAUUCCAACAAAAGUAACUCAGAAAUGUCAAACUGCUCUGGGGAAGCCAAUAUCAGGCAAACAGCCAUGCCAGACUGUGAAGAAAGUCUGGAGGAAGAAUGUAAAUCAUCAUCAAAAGUGGCAGACAAUGUGCUGAAGGACAACAUGGUGCCAGGAGCUAUGUCUCUGCUGAAAAUGGAGAAUAAAUUUUCCUCUGGGCAAUACAGAGAUAUUGGGGACUUUGUGUCAGAUUUCAGGGCUAUGCUGGAGGGUUGUUACCGACUACAUGGGGUGGAUCACUGGCUCUCAAAACAAGCCCAGAAACUGGAGUUGAUGCUGGAGCAGAAGCUGGCACUGCUGUCCCGGAACUUAAGGGAAAAAACAUCUAUUGUUGUCACAUCCAAUGGUUGCUAUGGGCUAGAGGUUGACAAAGGAGCAACAUGCACUUCAACUCGAAGAAGAUCAACAACAAGAAGCUUGGCCAAUGCAAAUGGUGGUUCAGUGGAAUCUAUAAUGGUGCAGGUCUUAAGACAAGAAGAGCUCCUAAGAGCAAAGGAAGAAAAAAGGCUCAGAGAGCAAGAAAAGAAGGAAGCAGAAGGAGCAAGUCAAAAAGAAGUAGAAGAUUGGGACAAAAACCUCCUUGCACUUGCAGAGCCAACUUCCAUGGAGACCAUGUGGGAAAUACCUGCAAUUGGUCAUUUUCUUUGCUUAGCACAACAAAUUCUAAAUCUUCCUGAAAUUGUGUUUUAUGAGUUGGAGCGAUGUUUAUUGAUGCCUCAAUGCAAUACAUUUCUGUCAAAAAUAAUGACUUCUUUAUUAAGCCCUCCACAUCGCAGACCGACCUUGCAUCGUAGACCUAACCUACCAUAUAGGGCAUGGGAAGCAGCUCUUAGACAAAAGGUACAGCAGUGGUAUACUGUUGUAGGUCAGGCUGAGAACCCUGAUCGUUGUGCAGAAAAGCUUGGGCUGUGCUCUCAGUUUUUUAGGGUUCUUGGUGAAGUAAACCCACUUGAACAUGCAGCAUUUCACGAACACCCUUUCUAUAAAAGGGUUUGGUUGCUAAAAGGUCUUUGUGAUUUUGUUUAUGAAACGCAAAGUGAAGUUCAAGAUGCUGUACUUGGGCAGCCUAUACACGAAUGCAGAGAGGUCAUAUUAGGUUAUGAUGCCCAGGAAAAUUCCUAUAUCCACUUUCCCCAAUUCUGUGGAGCAGAUGUGCGAGUGUACAAACAAAGGCCAUUAAAAGCUCCUGAUUUUCCAAUCCCAUCCAUUCAAAUAAAAAGAGCACCCCGGAUAAAACUAGAAAAAACUAAAUGUAAGUACUCUAACAAAAUUAAUGGUGAGAUAUCUGCUGAGGAAAAAGUGGCAUCUCCUAGCCCAGGGACUGGUCUGGAAAAAUACUUUAAAUAUGAAGACUCUUCUACAGAACAUCACUUUAGCAGUAAUAGCGAAGAACAGGACACAAAGUCAGACUGUGAAAUCUUUAGACCCUGUGAUACAAUGAAAACCAACUCCUGUAAGGAGAAUGUGGAAAAGCCUGUAAGCCCAGGGGAGAUUAUUGGCUAUGGGGAACCUCUAAGUCCAGGGGAAAUAAGAAUCCUUGAAAAUGUGAAUAAGUAUGGAGAAGCAAAUAUAGUCAAAUUGGAUCCCAAAUUGUUGAAAGAAAAUACACUAAAAACAUGCCAGAUACAUUUAAACGGGAACCACGCUGAUUCUACUGAUUCUAUUUUUCAUCGAUUUGCAAGGGACCUUAUUUUAGAUCAUGGUUUACUGAACCACAAGGAAUCAAAGGCCAGUAAAAUCCGUGCGAAAAAGAAAAAGAAGAAAAAAAAGAAACUAAAAGACAUGUUAAUUGACAAUAUGCAGGAUAAAUGUGAAAGUGUACGCACACACUCGUUCAGAUCUUACAAGACGGAAAUCCAAAAUAAACUCUUUUUAACAAAGAAGAAAGCAAAGCACAAGAAGCACAAAUCUGGAAAAAAAUCUGUGUCUAAGAAAGUGAUUACAAAGAAAAGAAAAACUUCAAGUUCACCAGCUGCUCCUGAAUUUCAACUUGUUUGUUCCAAUCUUGAUGAACUUAGGGAACUUAAAAAAAAAAUAGAAGAAGAACUUAAACUUUUGGAUAGCAACAAAAAGAAAUCGGAAAAGUGGCACUUUAGAAGACAAGGUGUAAAAGAAUUGCAUUGCACCUUAAUACGCUUGCUAAAUGAAUUGUUACCUUGGGAACCAAAGUUGCUAAAGGCGUUUCAAAGAAACAGAGCCAGAAUAAAAAAGGACUACGACGAUUUCAAACGUCACUCUGAUCAAGAUUUAAACAGGGAAUCCUUUUCUCAUGAAGUGUGCAAUGUUAGCAAAUGUCCAAACGCUGUAACAAGUGCCAUGGAUAUAAAUCAUCAAGAAAUGCUAAAGAAAGAUUCUGUUGAUCAAUUGAAGGUUCCGGAAAUAGAUUUGCCAGGAAAAAACAAAUUACUGAAAAAAGAACCCCUCUCCAGAGACUUUUCAAAAUCUCCUCCAAAAACUUCUAAACGCCAGUGGAAACAAUACAUUCAUCUUGGUAAUGAAACAAAAGAGACUUCACCAAAAAAGAAACUCAAGUUAGAUGCACAUGAGGCUACUUUACAUUGCACAGAAGAAAGUAUGCAUGCAUAUAUAAAAGACCCGCAACAAACUGAUUCAGAAUCCCCAGAAGUUGUUAAAGGGACCAAACCAAUUCAGGCUUUGAUUGCAAAGAAUUCUGGGAAUAAAGUGACCUUAACAAGUCAUAUAGUUCCAAGCAUAAGCAAAAGCAUACAUGCUCCUGAACAUUCAGCAUCAUCUUCAACAGAGAAAUCCAUAGUAAAACCUGUAACGUCCUUCCAAGAUGAUUCAAAAACCCAUUUACAAGUGGUUUACAAGAUGGCAGGAGGGCAAUGUGUCCCUGUUGAUCUUCAGAAUUCCCCUUUAAAGAUUCAGAUGCAGCCAGUGGUAGAUGCUAAAACUGGAGAAAAAGUAAUUCAGCCAGUUUUAGUUUUGCCCAAAAAUCUUCUUAUUCAACACAAAGAAGGACAGGUAUUUUCAAAGGAAAACCACUUCUUGCAGAAAAGUGAAGUAGGAGAGCACAGCACACCAAAUGGAUCACUGUUCAGUUCCCCAUCAAGUUAUGUUACAGAAAAUACAACUUCAAAACACCAAAGUGUUGUGCAUUUUACAAAAUUUCCAAGUGCUGUAGUUGCUCCACAUCUAUCUAAACCAACAUCUGAGAAUAGUGUUCUGAAAUCACCUAGUGAAAUAAACAAAGGCAGUACUGCUUUAGCAACUAUAUUUCCACCUUCUGUUCUGCCCUCUGUUAUGUCUCUUGCAGUUCAUCCUAAUCCAAAAGAAAAAACACCAGCCAGAGGUAGCACUGGAGUGACUAAUAAUACAACAGUCACAUCACCUAUACAACCCAUGGAUUCUGAAACAAAGCAAGAAUUGAAAACAGUAUGUAUUAGAGACUCUCAAUCGAUUCUUGUGCGAACACGUGGUGGCAACACAGGGGUUGUAAAGGUACAGACAAGCCAUGACCAGAGCUCUUCUGUCAUGACGCCAAACUCUAUUUUUACAUUUUCACCUCAGCUUCAGUCAUUUAUGGUAUCAAAUACUAAAACAUCUGCAUCCUCUUCUCCAUUUCUUCCUGGCUUCCUUUCUUCAACUUCUGGAAUUUCAUCUUCUUCAUCCUCUGUAGCUGUUUCUGAAGUUCUUAACAAGUUACCCGAACCAAAUCUUGCUGCACAAUGCCAGUAUCAAAGCACUGCAAACCUCUGUCAAAUAGCAGGUAAGCUCAAGCAGCCUACUAGCAUUCCUUCCACCAACCUUUCAACAAGUUCCUUUCUACCGUCACCUUUACCAUCUGUUGCAGUAGGCUUUACAGACACUUUAGGAAAAGUUAAUACUCCAGUUACCAAGACUAAAGCAGAUAAAAAACAGACAGAAUCUAACGGCAGUAAAAUACCAGCAAUGCUGCCUGACAGCACAUCAUCAAUUGGUGAUUUACCAUGUGCACCUUCACUACAUAAAGUUAUGUUGGUUACAGCACCUUCUAUUCUUCCACCCACACAAAUGAGCACACUGUCUACAUCAACACCAUCUGUGGUUUCUCCUCAGAAGCUUGUUUUCAUUAAUGCUCAAGUGCCAAGUGCUUCAUCAAGCACCAGCAAUGCACAGCAUUCCUCAAAGCAAGCUGUGCCUUCACUAGUUGGUAGGACACCAGUUAAAGCUGCUGAACAACCCCAGAUCUUUUUAAUUCCUUCUACUUUUGGGUCACCAGUAAAAAUAAGUUCAGCUCCUAUCGUGUCUCAAGUAAAAGAUGUGAAAAUUGGACUAAGCAUUGGGCAAACUAUUCUAAAUACAAGUGGAUCCACAAAGAAUAUCUUGCCAUUUAAUAUUCUUCAAAAUGCAUGCACUAAAGAAGACAGUGUCAGUAAAGGCUUUGGCAUGUCAGCAACAGCUACAGAAAUUCCAGGAGUUCAAAAUGGUGGCCUAGGUGUAAGUAAUAAAAGUGGAUAUGGUUGCACAUUAUCUAAAGCAAAAGAAACUAUAGGAUGUGCUGAAGUUGCACCUGUGAAUUAUAUUAAAGCACAGUCAAAUGAGGCAUCAGUAAUUGUACCAGAUAUGUCUAAUCGAUUGUGCUCCUCAAACAUAGGAAGCACUGUUGCUAUAUCCACUGUGAAGACAGGGCAUCUUUCAUCUUCUUUGUUACUGUCAACUACACAAAUGCCUGGGCCUACAAGGAAUGUGUUUUCUUCGUUGCAGAUGCCAGUCAUAUCUACUAGACCUACUUCUUGUAUGACUUCUCAUUUAGCAGCAACUUCUGAUAGAGUUUCUCAUCAACCUGUAUCAAAAGAAACAGCAGACAAGGUUCAGUUUUCAUCAGCAAUAUUUCCAAAAACAUUACCAGCAAAUGUGAGUAAACCACACACUGUACUGACACCUUCAUUAGCAACUAAUCCAUCUAAUUUGGAACCUGCUUCUGUCUCUUCUCAAGCUUCCUCUCAUGCUUUGCAGGCAACUCCUUUACCUGCUGCAACCCAAGUAAAGGGAACAUUAAAUGACUCUUGCAUUCAGCAGAAAAUUGUUAUCAACACCAGCACUCCUUUGGCACCUGGAACUCAGAUUACAAUUAAUGGAACCCGUUUUAUUGUUCCUCCUCAAGGCUUAGCUGCAGGCAGUCAUGUUCUUGUAAUAUCUACUAAUUUAAACCCAGGAACAUCUUUAUUUCGGAACGGUAUGCAGAUGUGUCCGAGUUUCACCCCUGAAAAUACAGUAGCACAAGCAACUCCAGUGAAACAAAAUAUGCCUUUGACUCAACCUCUAAAUCAUACUUUUAACAUUGCAAAAAGCAUGAAUUCUUUUGGCACUACAAAAACAUUACCAGUCCCUCAUACUACGACAAACAUUAACUCUAUGAAUUUGUCUUUGUGUGCUGCAACAUCAGUUGAUGGAUGUUCAUUAUCAGGUGCACAAUCGACAGCUACCUGUAAAUCACACCUUGUCCCUGUUCUACAAAGCAGCAGUCAAUUACAAGCUGGUAACACUUUACAAUAUCCUAGAGAUAACAUAGCAGUAAAUUCUGCAACGAACAGGGCUCUCCUGUCACCUGUAGUAUCUACGGAAACAAAAAAUGCAGACCCAGCUUUCCCUGCACAUCAAUCCUAUGUACCAGAAAAAUCACACACUGUUGCAUCUUGAGUAAGGCCACACAAAAAAACAUGUUUAGUUAUAGUUGUAAUCUUUCUCCGUUCAACAGAGAGAGCUUUAUUGGUUGUUUCACAUGCUGUACUGAGUACAGAUCACUCAUUGAUCUACGUUAUAGAUUGUAGAAUGUUGUUUCUAAGUGGUUCUUGUUAUGUAAAAAAGCAAACUAAAAGCACUUAUUAGUUUAAAAGAUGGUUAUUUGAGCAGCCUGUUCAUAUACAAAAUGUCACGUUUGACAUUGGUAGUUAAAACUUUUGCACAAUUCUAUUUGAUCUUUUUGCAGUUUGUCUAGAACAGCAUUUGUCUUUUUACAUUUGUAAAGUCAUUUUUUUUCUGUAAAAAUGCAUAUUUUUGCAUUAUGAACCUCUAGGUUAUACAAUGUAAAAUUGUACAUAUCCUUAACAGUCUUUACUAAAUUCUCUGUAUACAGAGCAUUGUCUUAUUUAUGUUUUGUUUACAUAAUGUAUAGUUUUUUAAGUAUUUUAGUAUUUUUGCAGCAGUGUACUGUUUAGCAUUAAUGCAGAACAAUCUGCAUGUAAUAAAUAAACUAAGUCGCUGUACUGAG